CAAACCCGCUUCAUCUGGGCCAGCUCCUACAGCGCGGAGCUUCAAUCGUCGGCUGAAUUGCUCAGCAUCCUCCUCUCCCAGCUCUCACCUUUGCGCUCGCCCCACCUCCUGAUUUCCCCUCUGCUAUCUGCUCUCGCUGCCAAAACAUUAGCUUGUGGUGCGCUCGGUUGCUGGGUCCCUGUAGGUUCCGAGGGUGGGUUUUUGAGAGGUGAGGAGGGUAGGAUAGCGAAGCGAAGGUGGAAGGUGGGGGAGGAGGAUCACGUUUGCCUCGGGAAGAAGUCCUUUCGUGAGGGUGCGUGUGAGGAUUGCGGCGUCGCCCUCGUAUCUCCGACGAGUCCCCGAGACUAAGCCCAUUGCUUUCGGUGUCCUCUUUCGAGCAUAUGCGUAGCGUUACGGUUUUUUUUUUUUUUUUUUUUUUUUCUUCUGUGAGGCGUGGGGAGAGGGGUGGAUUUGUCGUCUCGUUUCCAGGAUUUCGAGGCUUUUCGUGAUCUUGGAAACAGAUCUCAAUAGAAGGGAGUGAGUCUCAUACAUAGCCGCAGGAUCUGUGAAAUAGAAAUUUCUUGUGAAGCAUAGUUUUCAGCAUUCGUUAAGUGUGGAUUUACCCCUUGGCUGGUACUGGAGGCGGCCCUGCGGAUCUUGGCGUUUCAAACUUUGGAAGCGUUGGAGGGUUGUUUGUGUGGCGGUGGAAUAUCGGAGCUCGGGUGUGGGUUGCAUAUUCCGUGUGUUCUUGGUGACCGACAACUACAAACUCUUCAGGUUCCUUGAUGGUGACAUAACUGGACGCAUUGUAAGAUCCAUUCAACAGCAGUCCUCCAUGAAUCAACAUCAGCAUCAACAGCACAUAUUUAUCCGCAACAUUGGAUUUCACGAACACUGGCUCCCGCUUGAGCUAUGCGAGCAAUAGCCUUUGCCAUCCCCUCCCCUUACUCGUAUUCUGCUUCUCAACACAUAGCAGCUGACGCUUCAAUCUUGGUUCUUCCAAGCACCUGAAGCGGAUCCUGAGUUGCUAUUCCUAAGUCGCUCACCUCUGCUGUCAUCACCAUGCCGAACAAGAUGCAGAAGGCUUUUCAGAAACUCCAGAAGAGUAUAUCAAGCUCAAACUUACAAUAUCGAAGCAUCUACCACAACGAUGCGAAAUCCCCAUCGAAAUCUGGAGGCUCUGUUAGGAACGGAAGUGUCAGCAACGGCUGUGCAUUCGGCAGGUCCGGCCGAUUAGCAGUCAGUGAUUUAAGCGACUCCGACGACGACAGCGACGGUUCCGCUCCAGAUGACGUGCCUGAAGGGUAUCUCGUCGUGUACGUGGGCGUAGAGCGGCGCCGGUUCGUCAUCAAAGCGAAGUACUUGAGUCACCCUGUCUUCAAGGCACUGCUCAACAAGUCGGCGGAGGAGUUCGGGUACGAGCACAAGGGAGGGUUGGAGAUUGCUUGCGAGACGGUCUUCUUUGAGCAUCUGCUGCAUCUCAUCGAGACUGACGAUCCUUCACUCUCCACCAUGUAGAUUGACGAGCUUGUGGGCUUCUAUGCCUACUAAUAGAAUGUCCGUAUGCUUAUUGUUUCGAUAGGCACAAUGCAGCUUUCGAGGCUAGUACCAAGCUUAGGGAAAAAACCGUUGUACCUUUCCUUCAUAAAUAAUUAGCAGCCUCUCUUUGCCUCUA